CCAUCCAUCCAUCCAUCCAUCCAUCAAUCCAUCAUCUCUGUCUCUGUCGCUCUGUAUGCGCGCGCGAACGCGCGUGUAUGUGUGUCCCGUAUGUGCAUGCGUGAUGAAUACGCGCGCGCACUCUUGUGUAUACACGUCACCGUCGUGGACCACGCAGUAAAUCGUGUUAUUCGAAGAGAGAGAUAAACAGGUGCAGAGGAGACUCUCCCGUUUAUCCGUUCGCGGCCGUACCUCGUGGCGGAGGAUUCGGGUCGUCCGCGUCGCAAAUUCCUCGAGCGAGAUCAGUACCAUUCGCGAAUCGUACUGGCGAAUUUUAUUCUCGCGCGUGGAACGCGUGCGAGUGAACGAUCACGUCCCGUUGAAGAAGCCUCGGACGGUUGGUGCGCGCGGGCAGCUCUCUCGGCGCGUCGCGGCGGGCGAAAUUAGACGAAACCGCGCGUGACAGGUGGAUUCGAGGCGUGCCGAGACAUAGAGAAAGAGAGAAAGAGAGUAACACGGACUAAGGGAGGGAGUGCAAAGCGAGAGUGAGAGAGUGCCGUCGCGACAUCUCGGAGUCAUCGGGCGCGUUCGGCGCUGAUCGCGGGAUCUCCCCUACUUGGUUUCUCAACGUCCACGAAGGAAGGAAAAGAGAGAGAGAGAGAGAGAGAAAGAUAGAGAAGCGGGAAAGAUCGAGCGUGUGUUGUGUUGUUCUCGUCGCCGUUGCUCUCGCGUGGCACUCGCCGUUGUUAUUGUUAUCGUUUCUCCUAACCUACCUACGAGACGCGAGGUGGACGUCCGCGCCGAAGGAAACAGGAAAAAAAGGAAGAGAGUGUGAGAGAGAGAGAGAGAGAGAGAGAGAGGAGGCAGAGGAGCGCGAAACGACGCACGCCACCCGCCCGCCGAAGCACGCCCUCAGGCGAACGUCGCCAAGUGCACAUGCACCGACGGUGGUGCGACGGCGGUGGUGCUGUUGCUUGUGCGCAUCGUUGCUUAUUUACGUCCCGAAACGUGCUCGCGCUAAGUGCGAGAGCGUCAAGGCCGCUCCCGUCGUGACUAUCCUCGUCAUCGUGAUGCGCAGCGAACGACAAGAGGAGUAGGAUCUUUCCCGUGUCGGCGGGAAAAAAAAAAACAACAUCACCGUGGGUUUGGCGCAGUUAAAACGCUGGAGGCGUUGACACGUUGACGGCCGGAUUGUUGUUGUUUGUCCGCGAAAGUGCGCGGACCGCGUUGUGUCGCAGUAGAGUCGAUCGAAAGAUAGAGAGGACGUUUGGCGCGAGUUCGUCCUCCUCUCGAGAUGAAUCUCCGCGCGGUUUCUCCCUGAGAUCGCGCACGUGUUUCUCGCUCUUUCUCGCGGUAAAAGAGCCCGCGCUCGCGCGACGCGACUCGCAUGCAGGAGGAGAAAGGACGUGGCAGCGAGAAGCUCGCGGGAACGAUACCAUGUGAAUGAUAAACGAAUACGAAGGAUCCCCGGCUCGUCGUGUACCCGAGAAAGAUCCCUUUGUAACCGACGACGAUCAUCAUCGUCGCGCCGACCAUGUACUCGGUCAAGGGCCCGGCGCCGCUUUCGGGCGGGCCCGUCAUCCUCUGUGGCCACCUGAAGAAGCUCAAGACGAUGAAGAAGAAGUAUUUUGUCCUGCGCGGCGAGGCCCCCGGACAUCUCGCCUGCCUCGAGUACUACGAUACUAAGAAGAAGUUUGACAACAAGCAGUCACCGAAGCGCAGUAUACUGCUGCACAGCUGCUUCAACAUCAACAAGCGCGGCGAUACCAAGCACAAGCACGUGAUCGCCCUGUACACCAAGGACGAGUGCUUCUGCCUCAUCCUCGACAGCGACAAGGAACUGGACGAGUGGCUCGAGGCGAUGCUGAGGCUACAGAGCGGGGACGUGCCCGAUGGGGAACAGCCACGGCCUACAUUCGAACACAUAUGGCAAGUUACAAUGCAGAAGAAAGGUCUAGGGGCACGGAAGAACAUUCAUGGACCUUACAGAUUAUGCCUCACCGAUCAAACUUUAAGUUUAGUGAAGAUCGGAGCACAGGAGGAUUCUGACUCUAUCGAGAUUUCUCUAAAUUACAUUAGACGAUGUGGAUUCGCGGAUGAUAUAUUCUACAUAGAAGUUGGCCGAUCUGCCGUAACCGGAGACGGUGAAUUCUGGAUGGCAGUCGAAGAUAACAAUAUCGCGUUAAACAUGAACGAUGUAAUAACGACCGCAAUGAAGACUUCCAAGACAAGGUGGAAGUUAAGGUUAUUAGAAAACAAGGACAAGGAUAACAAGGAAAAGGAUAACAAGGACAAGGAUAACAAGGACAAGGAUAACAAGGAGAAAGAUAACAAGGACAAGGAUAACGAGAUGGAACCUCGUCAGAGAAGUUCCUCCGCCAAUGAAGCCAGCAAACCUAUAUCCGUUCUCCAACGACGGCAUACGGGUCAGAAAUUCGGUUAUAGCUAUUCGCCUAUGGCCGUUGCUGGUACCGGGGCUGGGACUACUGGGCACGUGACGACUAAUGCCAACAGUGGCGGUACCACUAGACGUCGUCAUUCGGUAGCGAGUCAUCCUCAUUCCAUCAAUAAUUCCCAAUCCGCUCAUGUCACAACAGCAGCAACAACAAACGCGAUCACCACCACUGUCACUACCACCACCAUCACCGCAACCACCACUACCAUCACCACCACUACCAUCAACACCACCAUCACCAUCACCGCAAUGACCACAACCGCGACAAUAUCCCAUCAGAGAACCCUGUCGCUGCCCUUAGCUGCUGUUAUUAUCAGUCAAACGCAACCAUCUAAAAGAUCCGUUUUACGGUGUAACACCGGGCGCGAACGAUGCGACAGUUUGCCAUCGAGAGCUCGCACCAACAGCGAGGGACAACCGAUGGCCACGGUUACGGGGUUGAACAAUCUCCGAGGGACUCAUGCCAUUCCUCAUGUUCCGCGACCACAUUCCAUGUGUGGACGUACAUCGUACUCCCCGCCGGUCGCUUCGAUGCCCAUCAGUCCCGGUUCCGACGUGUGCUCAUCGGACUCGGCCGGAUCGUCGCCCUCCAUGGAAGAUUGCGGUGAGAAUAUCCUGGAAGAGAGCACCGUCUCGCGAUACGGGCACUCGUUGACUCCCGACGAGCCCGUGAUCCUGGAUAAGAAGGGCGACGACUACAUCUACUGGUCGACGUCGCAUCCGCAUUUGAAAUACUCGCCAAACUUUAAAUCUCAUUCGCCCUCUCAGAGUUCCUAUCAGAGUGAAAUGUACAGUCCUUGUGGUUCGAGUCCUGGCCGCGGUGGUGCGUACAUGCCCAUGAGUCCAGCAACGACAGUCCAUUCGCAUUCCCGUGGAUCAUCCCUCGUGGAAGAGAGCAACGUGGAAGGUUACGUGCCGAUGGCGCCAGUUGGCGACGACGGUUACGUCGACAUGGAUCCUGUAAAUAGUCAUAACGGUCACUUCCCGGACGAUAUGUCGCAGAAUGACGGCAGUAGCUGUUCUGUAACAUCCGGCACUCCUAGCACGGACCUGCGAUUUUCCGAAUAUCAUUUGGAUAAGGUGACCAGUUUUCUGACACCCGGAGAAGAUCUGCAAGCCAGACCGACUAGAGCUUAUUCUGUUGGGUCUAGACCGGAACAGGCAAACAGGCAUCGUAAAAACAGAUUGGAUAUCACUCCGCAAGACGCCAAUAGAGUGCGAGCGUUUUCUGUAGGUAGUCGUUCCAAGAGGCCUGAGAUUGGGAGACUGGCCAAUAUAAUCACCGCGCCGUUACCAGCCGGUUCGGAUAGCUCGAACUCUAAGUCGAGCUCCGCACCGUUGUUAUCGAGCUCCUGGGGGCACAAUUCACGAAUGGAGGAUCUCAUGGAAUUGGAUUUUACGAAAUCCAGUGCUCCAACCGCUCUCUCCUCGCCGCCGUCAUCCUGUUCUCAGCCUCAGUCGCAGCCGCAAUCGUACUCUACUGCCACUGAUACUAGUUCCUAUGUCGACAUGUCGCCCGGACAAGCUCCCGUAUCGACCACUGCCCCAUAUGUCGAUAUGAGUGGCAUAAAUAAGAUCAAUCGCAAUAACAAUAAUAAUACGAUCACUGCCAACCACAAUCAUAGCCACAUGCAUAUAUCAUCGUUAGCUUUUGCUCAUAAACCUAUAAUUACGACUUUAAAGCCAGUGGAGGAAGCGGAGGGACCUUAUAUGAAAAUGGAUGGUACGACAGAGGAUUGGGCGCAUUCGGACGCGAGUCCGAAGCAAGUGUCAUCGCCUAUACAAGAGGAUAUCUAUCAUACAAAUGGACCACCAGGUAGCACGAGAACAGCACCGGUAGAUCUUCCGCAACCGAGGCGUCCUCCGGAGGGAUACGUCGACAUGUCUUUUAAAGCACGACCGACUCUAGAUCAAGACUACAUAAAUAUGAGCAUGGGUGCAAACAAUCGGAAUAAUCGUAAAACGAGGACGGGCAGUCGUAAGGAGAAAUCGCGAUCGCAACCGAUCGCAAUUCAGGCGGGUAGUAAGCAAUCGAAAACCCCUAGCUUUUUACCCUUGAACGGAAGCCCGAUGUCCGAAAGUUUGGCGAGCACACCGGCCUCACCGCCGCGAGCAACGCCGACGGGUUCAUCGGCCACAAUCUUUCCCUUUUCUCUGAACAGUCCUCAAUCACCCGUGAAGCCUUUCACGAAGAAAAGCGACGAGUUCUCCACGGCGGACGUUUCUAAACAAAACAAGAAUAAUGACUAUGCGGUGUUGGAAUCCGCAAAGACUGUAAAUUCUUCGAUAUCGCUUUCCACGUCGUAUUCUACUCCAUCAAUGGAGAUGUUGAAGUCGAAUACCAAUAACGAGAAGCCGCCUAGUUCUGUAGGAAAAAAUGCUAUACGAGCGCACACGGAAUACGGUAUGCUCGGUAACAUAACGAAAAAACUGUCGGAUCUAACGGUGUCGAAACCGCGUCUUGUUACGGCCUCGCCAAACACCAGCCCCACUUUGACAGGUUUCAAGCCGUCGACUGUGCAACAGCCGAAACCAUCCUCGCCCAAGUUUAUCGAUGAGACUCCCACGCCUACGCCCACGUCUACGCCCACGCCUACGCCGAGUCCGUUGGACAGCGAGGGGUACGAGAAGCUUCAACCGGGCGCGACGAUUCUGCAUUACGCUCGUCUUGAUCUACCAGAGAUUGGUAAUCCGACACCCGUAUCGCCAGCGUCCACGCAAGAGAACUUCACCUACGCUGAGAUUGAUUUUGCAAAACUGAGACAGAGCUAAGAUGCGGUUAUCCUUUCACGCAUGUUUUGCAUGUAUCGCACAAAGCGCGACGGGGUGGCUUGAAUGACGCCUCUUGUGUUCCUCACGAUAGCAACGAGUAGGCAGGGUAUAAUAGAUCGAUUCUGACGUUAGCUCGGUUGAUCUAACGAACAAGUCGCCGAGGAGCCGUAUAGAAACUGUAUAUAUAAUUCAUUUCUUUUUCUCCAGAGCCUAAUGCGACAUUACACUGCUCGCCGAUCUUUUUAGCGUACGGAGAUUGGCAGCCUAUUUUAAAUCGUUUGAAAAAAAAGCAUCGUUGGUACCUAUAGUUCUGGUUGUACUGCAUUAAUAUCGUAUUUUAUCGGAGUAAUGUGAAAUUUUUUAGUGUAGGCAAGAAAAUAUAUACUUUUGUCGCUGAUUCCGAAGAGAGAGAAAGAGAGUGAGAAUUCUCAAAAUCUAUUCAUAUGUAUGUUAUUUCUGAUAUUAAAAUGUCGGUAAAAUAUUAGUAGAAGAAAAGAGUAAAUUGUGGGAACGUUAUCUUUUAUUCUCAGUUAAAUAAUAUAUUCAGUUAAAUAUAUAAUUGGUAUUUUUUUUUGUCAGAAAAAAUUUCUUGAUAUUAGAUAUAUUAUCUUAAUUAAGCGAGAAUCGCGAGCUUGUGUAAAAAUGUAUAAACUUUUUAAAUUUUAAUUUUGUUGAUAUAGAUUUGCAUGUUAUCUCUCUGUCAAAAUUUAUUCUGUUUUGUAUUAUAUAUUUCAGAUGCUGACAAGCCAAAUACGUAUAGGGGUCAGUUCCUUUUUGCGAUAUAUAUAGUUUAACUAGUAUUUAUAAUAAUUUUUCCUAAUAUUAUGUGACGACGAAAUUUAUUUAUAUUUAUUGUUUUGGGGUUCUCUUAAAUAUUAUAUAAAUUCUAUCAUUUCUCAGUACGUUUACAAAUUUUAGCAAUGUAUGUUUUAUUUGCUCAUUCUAAAUUCUAUCAAAUUCUCGAUUUUUUGAAAUCUAUGCAUUGUAAUUUACAAGAUAUUCUUACUUAUAUUCUAACAUUUUCUAUUGGUCACAGACUGUCGAAUACCGAAUUCGUGAACUGUUUUUAAUUUAAAAAGUACUCAUACAUAUGUGUAAACUCUCUCUUCCGUUUGCGCCUUCUGUGUGUGGUAUAAAAAAAAAAUAUUAUCUUCUAUUUUAAAUGUUUUAUCUCUAUCCGAAAUCUUUGAACAUUCAAUAAGAACUAAAUGACAGAAUCUGCAAAGUUUCUAGACGUAAGAAAAAAAUCGUGAAAAUAUAUCGUGGAUUUGCAAUUUUUAUAAAAUUCGAAAAUUGUUCUAAGCCUAUUAUUACGCAGAUAUAUGCAUAACUGGCGGGACUGGUUGGUCUUCUUUGCGAAGAGUAGGAAAAGUUCACACACGACGCCAAACCUCCCUCCCCCUUUUUCCCCUUGCUUUUAGACGUUGCAAUUAACCCGUCGAUAUCAGCUGCGCUAGUUGAAGACGUUUUAAUAAAACUGAGUUAUCGUAAGCUUUAGAAGAAUAAAUCGCAUAGAAUACGGUGGUGUGUAACAGUACACUACCAGAAACAUAAGUACAUACACAUACACACACUGAAAGUGAAACUUGUGACGGAGUUGUCUUAUGUAACAAAAUUGCGAAUUGGAUGAGAUUCCGCAGAGCGAGAGAGCGAGAGAGAGAGAGAAAGAGAAAGAGAUCGAUCAACGAAGUGUUGUCUAUCAUCUCGUUACUCGUCUCUUCUAGGCCGGAUUUAAUUCGAUAGUUUACUCGUGAAGGAAUGUUACUCGCCAAUGUUAGAUCGACAUCUCAUAGAAUUCGUAUUGCAGACAAAAAUAGGUGUUCCGUUAACAAUGCAGUAUACAUGUGUUAUUACGCUUUUCAUAUAAAUUAUGAAGGGUCGGAGCGGCCUUCUCGAAAGAAAGCCGAUUUGAUUGCGUACAGACAUACAUACAUACAGUCGCGCGUAUACAUAUAUGUAUAUUCGUUCUGCAGGAUAUUCUGUGAAAGACGGUACAACCGAGCGGUGUGCCGGAACGGUACAAAGAAAGAUAAUCUAGUAAGAAGAAUGAUGAAAAAAAAUUGAUAUAAAGAUGCCUACGUAUGACGAAUCAAUCUCUAUCGAUAGUACGGCUUAUCUUGUUUGAGCUAAUAUACAAUUCUUUGUAUGUAUCUUAUUUAAACAUAUUGCGGUUGUAUCGUAA